AUGGGACCGCUAGUAUUUCUGAGUUUCUUCAUCUUUUUCUCUUGUUCCACAACAGCUGGUGCCACUAUUCCAGUGGAGGAAACCAGGCCAGAGUUCUGGAAUGAAAAAAUGGCACUUGCUAUUGACCAAGCCUUGAAAAUAAAGCCUAUACAAAACAAGGCGAAGAACUUAAUACUCUUUUUGGGAGAUGGCAUGGGAAUCCCGACACUCACUGCCACCAGAAUCCUGAGCGGACAAAUGAAGGGAAAGCUGGGAGAGGAGAAUGUGCUAGAGAUGGACACAUUUCCAUAUGUUGCUCUUUCCAAGACAUACAAUGUAGACCGCCAGGUUCCAGACAGCGCAGGCACUGCUACUGCUUACCUAUGUGGAGUGAAGGGCAAUUAUGGAACUAUUGGGUUAAACGCUGCAGCCAAGCGCACUGACUGCAGCACAGAAAAAGGCAAUCAUGUUCAAUCCAUACUCAAGAAAGCCAAGGCAGCAGGAAAAUCAGUUGGAAUCGUUACUACAACACGUAUCCAGCAUGCUUCCCCAGCUGGGACCUACGCAAACACUGCUGAAAGGGGCUGGUAUUCCGAUGCGGACAUGCCCAGUGUUGCUGUUGCUGCUGGCUGUCCGGAUAUUGCACAGCAACUCAUUUCCAAUGUAGACAUUGAUGUAAUCCUAGGAGGUGGAAGAAAGUAUAUGACUCCGAAGGGAACCCCAGAUCCUGAAUACCCAACGGAUGCAAAACAGAACGGGCUAAGAAGGGAUGGCAGAAAUCUUAUAGAGGAGUGGCUCAAAAACCAUACGGGAGGUCAGUACGUUUGGAAUAAGGAGCAGAUGGACAACGUAUUAGAAUCUACUACUCAUCUCAUGGGCCUAUUUGAGCCAGGAGACAUGAAAUAUGAUUUAAACCGCAACACAUUGUCUGACCCAUCCAUCGUAGAACUGACAGAAAAAGCCAUCAUGAUGCUGAAAAGGAAUCCAAACGGUUUUUUCCUGUUUGUGGAAGGUGGUAAAAUUGACUUUGGGCACCAUGAUGGAAAUGCUAAGAAAGCACUGACUGAAGGUGUUAUGUUUGACAUGGCCAUCAAAAGAGCAGGAGAGCUCACAGAAGAAGCAGAUACACUGUCUGUGGUGACUGCAGACCACUCUCAUGUUUUUAGUUUUGGUGGGUACACUUACAGAGGGAACAGUAUAUUUGGUUUGGCACCUAAGAAGGCUGAUGAUGCAAAAUCUUAUACAUCAAUUUUGUAUGCCAAUGGACCAGGAUUUAACUUGACAGGAAAUGGACGCCCUGACGUGGAUAACAUUACUAGUGAUAGUUCUAACUACAGACAGCAAGCAGCAGUUCCCUUGGAUUCAGAGACACAUGGAGGAGAAGAUGUGGCCAUAAUGGCCAAGGGUCCAAUGGCACAUCUCUUCCAUGGGGUGCAGGAACAAACCUACAUCUCACAUGUCAUGGCAUAUGCAGCUUGUCUCCCUCCUUACACAACCUGCCACUUUGAACAACCCAAUUUAAAGGACGUUGGCUCCACGCCUGUAGGCAGUGCCAUCCUGUCUUCAAUUUGUGUAGCUUUAAUGUUAUUCCACUACCAGUGUAAUUUGUGA